AUGGAGAAAAUGAUGAAGCAUCAGGAGUUAGCUAAUAAAAAACAUGAAGCCUCAUUGAGAAACUUGGAAAGACAAAUAGGCCAAUUGUCCAAACAGCUUGAAAGACCAACCAACACUUUCCCAAGUGAUACCAUUCCAAAUCCCAAAGAGGAAUGUAAAGCAAUUCAACUCAGGAGUGGAAGAACAUUGGAGGAUGACAAGGUUGGCAGUAAGAAGGAAGUGGCAAUUGAAGAGAAGGACCAAGAAGAGCUCAAGAAGAAGGAUAAAGAGCCACAAGCUUCAAAGAAGGGAAAGCAAGUCAUAGAGGAGCAUCCACAAGAACAGAGGAAGGAGGUGAAGCCUUACACUCCUCCUCUGCCAUACCCUCAAAGACUGCAAAGAGAGCUCAAGGACCAACAAUUUUCCAAGUUUCUCAAGGAGCUCAUCAAUAAAAAGAGAAGUUGGAAUGAAAAGGAGACUGUGAUCCUGACACAAGAAUGCAGUUCCAGCAUCAAUUUGAUGCCUCUUUCACUGAUAAAAAAGCUUACAAUAGAUAAAGUCAAACCCACCAGAAUGUCGCUUCAAAUGGCUGAUAGAUCACUCAAGAUACCUAAUGGAGUUGUAGAAAAUUUGUUGGUGAAAGUAGGAAAAUUCAUAUUUCCUGCUGUGGAAGAAGAAGGACACAACUCGAUUAUCUUGGGGAGACCCUUCUUAGCCAUAGCAAGGGCUAUAAUUGAUGUGGAGAAAGGUGAAAUGACCCUCAGGGUGCAUGAUGAAAAAAUGAUCAUCAAUGUCUUUAAAGCCAUGCAACAUCCCCCUGAGAAGGAAAAGCAUAUCAGGGUAGAAAUGAUAGAAGAAUUGGAGGAGGAGCUAAUUGAAGCCAAUGAUCAGAAAGAAUAA